AGGAAGAGCGGAAGUAGAGGGGGACUUGGACGAGGAGGAGGAAAGAGAUUUGCGGCAGUAGUGUGCGGAGCAGUAUUCUUGGAUGACAGUGAGCAUCAAAGUGAAACAGAAGGGGGACAUGUUUGGAAACUUCAGAGAAAGACUUCAUAUGGUCCAGCAGGAUUUUACAACCGGGUUCAAGACCCUUGGAGACAAAUCUAAAGAUUCUAAAAUCAGGAGGAAACCCAGGUUUGAAGAAAGCAUUCCUCAUUUCAGUGCUGGACUAGAAAUCCUUAACAGGUAUGAGGAAAGUUGGUAUCUGCUCCACAGAAGAACUAAAGACUGUGCUCAGGCUGGAGAGAAAGUAGAUGGAGACAUAGUGAUGCUGUCAGCUCACUGGGAGAAGAGAAAAACUGCCCUGGUGCAACUACUGGAACAACUGCAAAGCUUGCCGACCUUCAUAAGUGAACUUGACACCAUUACGGCCAGUAUUGCUCAUUUGGAAGGUGACUUUGAGGAAAUGGAGAGCAGAAUGGUGUACUUGGAAACUCUAUGUUGUCAGUGUGAACAAGAGGCAGUUAAGCAACAAAAUAUCGACCAACUAGAAUGCUAUAAGAAAAAGAAGAGGAAGGAGGUAGAGGCACUGGAAGUGGAACUGAAUUGUGAGCAUGCUCAGAAAGUGGCUCAAAUGGAGCAGGCCAUGCAACAGAAACUGAGAGCACGACAGAAAGUCUAUGAAGAGGCAUUUAACCAAGAUAUGGAACACUAUCUCUCAACUGGAUACCUUGUGCACAGACAGCCAACUGGAGCUGAUCUGUGUGUUCUGGAUCAGAUGACAGUAACUAACAUGUCAGACCAGGAGGCUUUGGAUGACUUCCUCAAUUCAACCAGCGAAGACACUAGUACUAGAACAUCACUGACUUCAGGUCCAGACCUUGAGUCCUGCUCCUCUGAAUCUUUAAGUUGCUCAAGGAACCCAAGCUCUCUUACAAACCUUCAGAUGUCCAGCUUUGCAUUAGAGCAAGAAGAGGAACUGUCCAGUGAGGAGAAUGAUGAAUCUUUUGUACUGCCAGAUCAGGAGGAUGUUCAACCAGAUAUGCCACUUGCUUUGCUGGGCAGUGAGUCUCUUAAAGGCUCUGAUGAGAGUGACUCUGCAGGAGACAUGCCCUUGGGCUAAUCUAGCAACCACUCUUGUACAUAUCUUCAAUAAAUGCAAUUCAUUCCUCAGUGACAGUUUUUUUUUUCUGCUGAAUAAUAUAAUCUGCCUUGCGCAGAGGCAAAGACAGGAAGACAAAUGAAACACGACUUAUAAAGCUGAUAAGCAUCAAGAUAUCACCAUGCAUUAAAGGUAAAUCAAAUCCGAAGAGUUACUGUUUUUGUAUAAAUCAUUUUCAACACCAGACUUAUCCUUUAGUAUUCCUGCAUUGUACUGUGUUUAACAUGAUUAUCAGUGCUGUUUUUGUCAGAUAAUUCUACUAACUUGUUGUCUCUGUCUCCCUACCCAUUCAUAAAUAAAUCAGUUUGUCGUAUAUCUGUUUUUAAUCAUGUAUAUUUUUAUUGUUUGGAUUUAUCAAGACUCAGAGAAGAGGCUCUAUCUGUUGAACAGCAGAUACUUGUGGUGUUAGUAUCUGCAUUUUGCCUACAGUGUUUUCUGGCAUCAAUGGCAACCAAGAAAUCAGGCUUUUGAUUGUUUUUCUGGCAAUACGAUAUGUGGUGAUGGAUUUACAAAUAAUCCAGUGGAUGUUUCAGCUGGUGGUUUGUGUUUGUCAUUCUGUGUUCUCUGGGCCAAUGACAUGGCAUGGAAUGUUCAGUGUGUAAGAUUCAGGGGAAUCUGUUUGCAGAGGUCAGUGUAAACUACAGUAUGUUUUCAUUAGUGUUUAUUCACCUAAACGUAGGACACUCAUACCAAAGAGUGAGAUGUGUAUAUCUACGUUUCAUUGAACCACCUUUUACUUUGACUAUUGGAGGUCUUAUCCAUGGUAUUGUUUAUAAUUAUCGUAUUGCCUUACAAUGCUUAUGCAAUAUCACAAUAAAUUUCAGAUUUAUUUCCAUCC